AUGAGGACCACCAAGUGCCAGCUGCUGGUGACCAGCCUCUGUGUCAUGCUGCUGGGCUUGUCCGUUGCCACGCUGAGCACAGUCACCCACUACGGGCUCCACUUCACCCUCAUCAGCAACAUCUCCCUGGAGAACAACUCCUACAGGCUCAUCCACCACGCAGCUUUCUACUUCGGGAUCUGCCUCAGCAUGACCCUGAUCCUCGCAGCCCUGCUGAGCUCUGCGGCCACGGUGCGGGAAUCGCAGUGCCUCACCGCCAUGGGAUUUUUCUGUUUCGCUCUGGCCUUCUGCGGAUUGGUCCCAGCUGCCUGCUGGAGAUACGCACGCAGCACGGAG